AUGGAGCAAGUGGAGAUCCUGAGGAAAUUCAUCCAGAGGGUCCAGGCUAUGAAGAGUCCGGACCACAAUGGGGAGGACAACUUCGCCCGGGACUUCAUGCGACUAAGAAGAUUGUCAACCAAAUAUAGAACAGAAAAGAUUUAUCCCACAGCCACUGGAGAAAAAGAAGAAAAUGUUAAAAAGAACAGAUAUAAGGACAUACUGCCAUUUGAUCAUAGCCGAGUUAAGUUGACUUUAAAGACUCCUUCUCAAGAUUCAGACUAUAUCAAUGCAAAUUUUAUUAAGGGUGUUUAUGGGCCAAAAGCAUAUGUGGCAACCCAAGGACCUUUAGCAAAUACAGUAAUAGAUUUUUGGAGGAUGAUAUGGGAGUACAAUGUUGUAAUCAUUGUGAUGGCCUGUCGUGAAUUUGAGAUGGGAAGGAAAAAAUGUGAACGGUAUUGGCCUUUGUAUGGAGAAGACCCUAUAACAUUUGCACCAUUUAAAAUUUCUUGUGAAGCUGAACAAGCAAGAACAGACUACUUCAUUAGGACACUCUUACUUGAAUUUCAAAAUGAAUCCCGUAGGCUGUAUCAGUUUCAUUAUGUGAACUGGCCAGACCAUGAUGUUCCUUCAUCAUUUGAUUCUAUUCUGGACAUGAUAAGCUUAAUGAGGAAAUACCAGGAACAUGAAGAUGUGCCUAUUUGUAUUCACUGCAGUGCAGGCUGUGGAAGAACAGGUGCCAUUUGUGCCAUAGAUUAUACAUGGAAUUUACUAAAAGCUGGGAAAAUACCAGAAGAAUUUAAUGUUUUUAACUUAAUACAAGAAAUGAGAACACAGAGGCAUUCUGCAGUACAAACUAAGGAACAAUAUGAGCUUGUUCAUAGAGCUAUCGCCCAACUGUUUGAAAAACAACUACAACUAUAUGAAAUUCAUGGCACCCAGAAAAUUACUGAUGGAGUGAAUGAAGUUAACACUGAAAAUAUGAUCAGCUCCAUAGAUCAUGACAAACAAGAUUCUCCCCCUCCAAAACCACCAAGGACCCGCAGUUGCCUUGUAGAAGGGGAUGCUAAGGAAGAAAUACUGCAGCCUCCAGAACCUCACCCAGUGCCCCCCAUCUUGACACCUUCACCCCCUUCAGCUUUUCCAACAGUCACUACUGUGUGGCAGGACAAUGACAGAUAUCAUCCAAAGCCAGUGUUGCACAUGGUUUCAUCAGAACAACCUUCAACAGACCUCAACAGAAACUAUAAUAAAUCAACAGAACUUACAGGGAAAAAUGAAUCAGCUAUUGAACAGAUAGAUAAAAAAUUGGAGCGAAAUUUAAGUUUUGAGAUUAAGAAGGUUCCUCUUCAAGAAGGACCAAAAAGUUUUGAUGGGAACACACUCUUAAAUAGGGGACACGCAAUUAAAAUUAAAUCAGCUUCGGCUUCACCGUGUACAGUUGAUAAAAUCUCUAAGUCACAGGAAUUGAGUUCAAGAGAUCUAAAAGUUGAUGAUAUUUCCCAGAAUUCUUGUGUGGACUGCAAUGCAACACAGUCAAAUAAAGAUCCGAUUAUUCUACCGGAAGCCUCACAGAAGAAUUCAGACACACCUCCAAGGCCAGACCACUUACCUCUUGAUGGAAAAGGACAUUUAACGUGGUCAUUUCAUGGACCUGAGAAGACUCUACCCAUGCCUGAUUCAUCUGAAGGCAAAUCCUCAGAUAUCCACUGUCAAACAAUGAAAACUGUGAGUUCAACACCAAGCCCCACAAUACAAGUUGAAACCCAUGAUCUUGCAGAUCAUCAUGACAGUUCCCCUCUAUUCAGAGCACCCCUCAGUUUUACUAAUCCUCUUCACUCUGAUGACUCUGACUCAGAUGAAAGGAACUCUGAUGGUGCUGUGACCAAGAAUAAAACCAGUAUUUCAACAGCAAGUGCCACUGUUUCUGCUGCCACUAGUAGCAUUUCUACAAGGAAAGUAUUACCAAUGUCCAUUGCUAGACAUGAUAUAGCGGGAACAAUACAUUCAGGUGCUGAAAAAGAUGUUGAUGUUAGUGAAGAUUCGCAUCCUCCCCUACCUGAAAGAACUCCUGAAUCAUUUGUACUAGCAAAUGAACAUAAUACAUCUGUAGGAGCUGAGUGGAGUGAACUUCAAAAUGAGGAACAGUCUGAACAGAAAAAACCUGAAGGCUUGAUAACCUCUGGAAGUGAAAGAUGUGAUCAUCCAGCACGAGGUAUUCAUACAGAGACCUGUACAGAAUGUCCACCUACUUUUAGUAACAAGAAAGAUCAACAAUCAGAAAGUCCAACAGAAGCCACAGAGAUUGGUUUUGGUAAUCGCUGUGGAAAACCUAAAGGACCAAGAGAUCCACCUUCAGAAUGGACAUGA